AAAUGCGGCACUUCCGGUAAAUUCGGACAAAAGAAAUUUGCAGUAAAAUAACAAUGAAAUUAAUAUAAGUUCUGGAGAUUGUCACACAAUUUAGAGACAGCAAUUUACUUAGGUAGAAUGGCUUCUCCCCCUAAUAUACAACAGCUGUCUUUACAACCCGUUCAACCACAAGCAGACCAUGGUGACAGCCCCACUCAAUCAUUACUAAAUGUCUCCCUGACUUCAUCUCCCUCCACGCUAAGUUUGUCCAGUCCAGAAGGUAUUGACUGUUAUGGAAAUGAGCGGCAAGUUCUGACGAAACAGACCAAAUUUUUCAACAAUGAAGCACUGAGUGAUAUUAUCCUUACAGUUGGAGGCAAUAAAUUUUAUGCACAUAAAUUUAUACUGGUCCAGUGUAGUGAUGUGUUUGAAAGGAUGCUUAGUGAAGACUGGAGUAACAGUGAGAAAAAGGAAGUAGAACUGGUAGAAGAAAACGAAUGUGUUGAAGUGUUUCCACGAUUUCUAAAGUUUCUUUACAGUUGCCAUAUCAAACUUAACAUGGACAAUACAUUACCUGUCCUCAUUCUAGCAGAUAAAUACAAUGUUACUAGUCUACGACAGGUCUGUACAAACUUUGCAUGCUCUUUUAUCAUCCCAAAGCUACAACUGAAAGAUGUGUUCCACCAGUGGUUCCAGUACGGUACAAAAUGUUAUCAUAAGCAACUUAUUACUUCAUGUGUGAAUGUCCUUGCAGAGAAAAUGGAUGAAGUGAUUGGGUCUGUUGAGUGGGAGCAAGAAUGGAUAACUCUUGACCGAGAUCAGUUGGUGGAAUUUUUACGAAGUUCAGAUCUGAUUGUAAAAGAUGAAUACGAACUAUGGAAAGCUGCUGUAAAAUGGCUGAUAUCAUCACAGCAUCAAGCUCGUCUCGAUAACCUUGAAACCAACUUACAGGAAAUUGUGAAAUAUAUAAGAUUUCCAAUGAUGGCUCCUCAACAGUUGUGUGAGAUUGAAAGAGCAGAAAUAGUGCAAAAGCAUCCAGAACUAUUUCAGAAGCCAUUUUUACUGGCUUAUAAAUAUCAUGCUUUAACGUUGACAGGAAGAGCACAUGAAAAAUGUUUUACAUCGCCUGCUUGUCUACUAAGAAAUUACACAGAUUUACGAUGGGAAAAACGAUUUGUCAUCCAUUACCCAUCAUGCCAGAGGUUUAAUGAGAUCAGUGAAAGAUUUUCAACCAGAGCUUCAUCACUUCCUGUUCAAGUUUGGGAUUGGGAAUUGAAAGUCUUUCCAAAAGGCUUUAGUUCAAAUGCAGAUGACUUCCGAUGUAUUUUGUAUUCAAAUCUGAUCUUAGACCAACCCCGACCAAUUGAGUAUUUAUUGUCUAUAGUGGGGAAAGAUGAGAUUAUUCACUCUGUUUAUGGGAGGAAAAGUUUCUCCAAAACAAGGUAUACAGCUGAUACAGAAAUGGAUAAGAAAGUCGGUGUGGGAGAGCUUGCACAAUCAAAUUCUCCCUAUCUCGUUGAUGAUAAAUUGAUCUUACAGAUAUCACUGAAACCAGUAGAUUAAGAAAAAAUAGGAACUAAUUGUCUCAAACAUGUCAAAGCUGUUAAAAUUUACCUUGAUGUUAAAGUACAUUUCUUCAUUUGUACACAAAAGGUCAACAAAAUUAUAUACAAAUUUCAAUGCUGUUUUUUUUUCCGAUUCAAACAAGGCUGUUUGUCAAUUAAUGGAAACUUAUAUUUUAUUUGUCUUAAUUCCAUACUUGUUAGUUCAAUAUAAAAAAUGUAGGGUUGUGUAAGCAGGGCUCUUCGUUUAGGACCAUUAUAAUUAUUGCUUGUUAUAUUGUUUAUACAUGUUAUAUAUAAUUAUUGUUAUUGUGAUAAGAUUAAGGCUGUUCCAAAAUUAUCGGGUUGGGGGAGGGGGAGGUGUAGGAGGCAAUCAAAUUAAUAAGAUAUGAGUUGCUGUAUUUUCCUUAAAAUUAUAAGUAAAAUGAAAAUAGUUAUUGGUGGUUGGGGUCUCAAAAAGUGCUUCCCUGAUGACCCCCUCCCCUCCUGCAUUUAAUUCUGGAACACCCCUUAGUUGGAAGUCCCAUAUGUCAUUGUUAAUGAUAUUUGUCAAGAAAAAUAAUUUUACAUUAAGUAUUAAUUAUAGAAAGUAUUACUGUCUUAACACUAAACCAAGAGAAAUUUGGAGAUAUGUUUUCCAUGUUAUAAUGGAUCUAUUCAGGAAAUGUAUUGUAUCAUGGGAACACUCAUUUUCUUUAGGUUUUUGUUUGAAUAAAAUGCCUAUGGAGAAUUUUAGAGAAUGCAUAGUUCAUUUUUGAAAUUGGUCGGCUGAACUUUUGAGUUUCAAAACUGAUUGAUUAGUAUAUUACAAUAUAUUCAUUCAAUUUUUUUUAAUAUUAUAAAAAAGUGUUUAGUCCCAGUUGUGUUUUAUUAGACAGGUUUAUUAUUUUUAUCAAUAUAUAGUAACAUUACAUUAUUUAUGUCAGUCUAAAUUGUCUCACAGAAUUUUACCAAAAUUUAUUUGUGUUUCAUGUUUCCAUGUUAGCCAUGUUAACAUAAAUAUAUUUUAAGUGCUUUAUAUAAUUCUGAAAUAAUGGAAUUGAUGAACAAUUUCCUAUACUUUUAUUAUUAUUAUUAUUUAUUUUAAAUUUCAUUAUUUGUAAUGGUUAAAACAUUGUGCAUAAAAUUUACAAAAAAAUGUGAUUAGUAACAAUUUAUCAAAAUGAAAAAUAUUGAAAGAGAAAUACAGUAAAAUUUACCUUUUAAAUUUAUAUUGACACAGAAUAAAAGGUUAUGAUACCUUGAGCUAUGGCCAUCAGGAAUAAUAAAAUUAUGAUAUAUCUUAUAUAGUGAGGAUUGAACAUAUCACCAUUUUUAUGUGCCUACAUUUUUAUUGAUGUGCUUAAUUUGGAUUUGUUGCAUUUUAUCUUUAAACUGUAAUUUCAAUACUGUAACAACCAUACAAUGUUAUUAUAAAUUAUUAAUAGCAUGAAUUAUCCUUGUAACAAACAAUUUUCUUGCAAUGGAUCAGUUCAAGUUUAAGAGGUAACUAUAAAUUGUAAGAUGUUGAAAACACAGUUGAACUGGUGAAGCAGCAGGAUUUAUCUGGGAGGCACUUUUUUUUAGACCCCAACCACCCAUAAUUUAUAAUUUUCAUUUUACUUAUAAUUUUUACCAAAUUAAAAAAUGCAACAUUUCACAAUUUAUAAAUUUAAAUACCUCUCAUGCAUUUAAAUCUUGAACAGCCCUGACAAACACCGGUUUUAACACCUGGCAUUUCUUGAAAUAAAAAAAAUGAAAAUAAAUUAGAAUUGACUACUUGCAAUAAAUUGGCUGACAUGAGAUGAUUGUGAAAUAAGUGUAACAUAUCAUCAGUGUUCACAUUUUGCCAAGUUUUAUGUAGUUUAUUGGAUUUUUUGGUUAGGGUCUUGUUUUUGAUCUCACAAUAUUUUUUCACCUAUAUUUUGGUUUCAUUUCAUAAUUUUUUAUUAUGGUUAAUAUUAAUUUCAUAUUGCACCUACAUGUAGUAUUACAAUUUAAAGUUUAUAAAUUUUCAUCCUCUGAUAUCAAGCAUAGGUCUGUUAUCAAUAAUCAUUAUUAUGGUUGUGGGAGGUGGGUACCUGACCCCUCCUUUUCAUGAAAGUUCCUGAAAAAAAUUGUCUCAACAAUGUAUAUAUAUAUGUGCAAUUUAUUUAUAUGAUUAUUAUAAAAAUAUGGAGAUGUGGUAUGACUGCAAAUGAGACAACAACCGACUAAUGACCAAAGAACUAGGUUGUGAACAACUACAGGUCAGAGUAAUGCCUUAUAAUAAUGAGUAAAACCCAUACCAUAUUGUAAGCUAUAAAAGAGGGUGUGGAUGGGGGUCCUUCAUUUCUGUAUUCUUUAAUUUUUCAGGCUUUUUUUUCGUUAUUGAUUAUAAAUUUGCGUUAUUCUCUAUUCUUUAUAUCUUAACACCCCAUUAUUCUCUAUUCUGUACUUUUUUUGCCCAUUUUUCUCUAUUCUUUAUUUUUUAGCCCUUUACGUCUAUUAUUCUCUAAUCUGUAUACCCUAUCAUAAAAGGAACUGAGAUGACAAAAUGUGAAACAAUUUUAAAAAUGCUAUGUUAGAUGUACAUGUAUUAAUUAAAUUUUAUUUACUGAACUAGAAUUCCAGUGAAUAUAACACUUAAUAAAAAAACUCUGAUAUAAGUAAAAGGAGAUAUAGAGUACUGGUAUAUGACAAUGAGACAACACAAUAAACUGAAAGACAUCUAGAGGUCACCAAUAGACAGGUGUCUAUACUGUUUAACAAGCUCUUAAUGCUCCAGAGUCUUUAAAUGUUGUAAAUAAAUUAACAGAUUCUUUCAAAGACCUGCCAUCUUCAUCCUAUUUUCAAAAUAAUAAAACCAAAAAAAACCAUGAUACAACAAUUAACAGCCAUUAAAUAGGUUCCUUACAUCAGACUAGGACAUAUCAUGUGGAAGGUUUAAAAAGUUUUUGAUAUCCCGAACCUCCUCAAAUUUGGUUUAACUUAUAUGGAUAUUUGCACAUUGUUGAAGGCUGCACAGUGACCAGUCGAUAUCCUAGGUUUUGGUUGAUAAUUGACUUCCUUACAACAUCUCCUUUCCUUUAUAUGUUUAUGUUUAUGUAAUCUGUAAACAGUUACAUAUAAAUGUAAUGUGUUAAUUUUGGAUGAAUGAGUAUUGUUUGAAUAUUAUGUAUAUGUUAAAUAUGUUAAGAUAUGGUUAUCUAGAACAAGCUUUGUGAUAUUUUGUUGUAAAAUGGAAAAAGAUAUUAGUAAAAAUUGUUUUUAUAAAAAA